AUGAAGAUCCCGCUGCUGGUCUCCACGGGAAUUCUGCUGGUCGCCCUCCUGCCCUGCCAGGAGUGCAGAGCUCUCAGCAAGAGUCCGGCAGCCGCCCCCGGGGCUCUGCACCAGCCAGAUUUCUUCCAGCAACAGCAGCAGCAGCAACAGCAGCAGCAGCAAACUCUGCCUGUCCUGCUCCGCAUGGGAGAAGAGUAUUUCCUGCGCCUGGGCAACCUCCACAAGAGACCCCUUGGCUCUUUCUCCGCCUCCUCCAGCAGCACCAGCCACCUACAGCCCGAAGCCUCCGCCAGCAACUUUUUCCGGGCGGCGGUGCAACAGCUGCAGCAGCUGCCCAAGCGCUCGCCGGGGAGCCCCGAGAACGGCGAAGCCGAGGGUGAGGCCGUGGAGAGGGAAAAGCGAUCCGAGGAGCCCCCUAUUUCUCUGGAUCUGACUUUCCACCUCCUGCGAGAAGUCUUGGAGAUGGCCCGAGCCGAGCAGUUAGCCCAGCAAGCUCACAGCAACAGGAAACUGAUGGAGAUAAUCGGGAAGUGAAACGGCCCCGCCCCACCUUGCCAAAGAGAUUCCGCAGUUAGCACAAGAAUAAUUACACCGUCCGAUGUACCAUAGUGCUGCUCUGAUGUCAUCUCUUUAUUUUUAUAUAGCUUUAAACCUAGAAGGGUGUGCUCCGAACAGCCUCUGUCCCUUGACUAGCAUGCACAACCGUGUACCAAGUGCAGAAACUCGAGUGUCGUUCGUAACCUCCCCUACCUUUAUUUAUUUCUCCAUUUCCCAGUUAUUCUAGUGCCAUCGCUACGUAGGGAUGUGUGAGCAUUGGAAGAAAUGGUGCCAAGAAGACAGAAAACUUUUCUGCUAGGGGUAGGGAGGUGGGAGGGGGAAUCUCUGUAAGCUACUUUCAAUUCACUUUUUUUCCUGUAAACAUUUUCACAAUAAAACAUCUUUUCAGCGCUCGGUCGAUUUGGUUGUGUAAGAGAAUGUUUAAUAUUUAUAUUUUUAAUAAAAGCUGCAAAGUAAA